GAUACGUACCCGUACAUAUUGACCGACUGACUAGGGCUGAAUAUACUAAUGAAGUCCUAAGAUGUUUUCAUAACACAAUGAAGUGUAGAAAUGUAGAAGACGGACAGGAAUGUGGUGCAGACCUGCCAUCAGAUGCAAACUUUUGUGGUGAGUGUGGAGCUGAUGUGAUUAUCAGAACUGGUAACUGCCCAAAGUGUAAAGAAACCAUAAAAGAAACUCAGAAGUUUUGUUUUGGAUGCAAAUGGAAAGUAAAUGAAAGUAUUUUCCAGUCUCAAGCAUCAACGUAUGAGAAAGAAGAAAGUGUUCCCGAGGGACAGAGUACUCUGGAAAAGGACAAACCUGUUAUCGACGAAGAGAAAUUAAGCAGCACAGCGAGUGUGAACGAAGAACACGAAAAGACCCUGACAAAAGAAACUAAAAUAGUACAACAAGCUGUGGCAGAAGACAAGGUAUCUAAAGACCAUCGGACUAAUGAGAGUACAGAACACGAAACUGAUACGCGUUCUCAAGGAAAUGAUAACGAUGACGACGCUUCAAAAGUCAACAUAAAACACGAAGGCAACGAAACUGAAGGACAAUCGAAUAAAGAUUUUCCUGAAAACAGUUCAACAGAAAAGAUACAAGCAACAACUAUUGCCAAUUUAGAGAGUGCCUCUUCAUCUAAUAGUGAAACACACACAUCACACAGUGAAAGCAGUGGGAAUGCUGAAGAAACCGGGAGUUCAUCUGAUAGCAGCUCAUCUGACAGUGAAGAAAAUGAUACAAUACAACUUAACAUUGAUAACAGCAGCGAAGGUGAAAAAGAAGAUAAUGUCAAAGACUUAGAUAAAGGUGACCCCGAUGACGACCAAAAAAAGGAACAGGUUGAAUUAAAAGAUGAUAAGGAGGAGGCAAAACAUGAGAGUAGUAACACAGAAAAUGACAAUGAAGGAAAUAACGAUGAUUUAGAAGUACCACAGGUUACAAAAGCAAAUGUAGCACCAUCAGAAGAAAACCCAAACCUCGACGAAAAAGAAUAUUAUGGAAGCGAGACAAGCACUGAUUCCUCUUCCUCUUCCUCUUCCUCUGACAGUGAAGAUGAAAAUCAAGAUAAAGAUGGCCAGAAUGACUUAAAAGGCAAGGACCAAGUACCAGAGAAUCAGCAAACAAAGUCAACAGAUAAUAAAGAGGAUGACCCAAAUAAGAGAAUGGAUACAGAAAAUCAAGAUAAAGAUGGCCAGAAUGACUUAAAAGGCAAGGACCAAGUACCAGAAAAUCAGCAAACAAAGUCAACAGAUAAUAAAGAGGAUGACCCAAAUAAGAGAAUGGAUACAGAUAAUCAGAAUAAAGAUAGCCAAAGUGAAUUAACAGCCAAUGACCAGGUGACUGGGGAUGGAGAAAGAAAAUUAACAGAUGAUAAAGAGGAUAAGUCAAUUGAGAGAAGACACACAGGCGAUCAGUCAAAGAAUGAAAUUGAUACAACUGACCCUGGUCCGACACAAAAUGUUAAUCUUGAUAACAUUCAGACCGGUGAAACUGAAUGUAAUAAUCCACCGAAAACUACAAAAAGUUCUUCUAUUAGUGAUUUAUCUGAUAUCGAAAAUCCUGAAGGUGACAAGAUACAUUUAAAAAUUGAUGUCGACGUUUCUGCAAACUCUAGUAGUACCAGUCAAGAACAUCUAGGUGCAUGUUCAAAUUUAAUACCACCCGCAGCAUCCAGCGAUGUUAACAAACAAGGAAAAGGAAAAUCAACUGACAGUGCAAAGAAAAAGAAAAAAAAGAAAGAAGACGACAAAAAAUUUGAAAAGAAAAUCGCAAAAAAAUUAGAGACAGAUAAAAGAAAAAAAGAAAAAGCAGAAGAGAAGCGACGAAAAAUCGAAGAAGACAUAGACAAAAAACAAAAAGAAAAGGAAAAACAAUUAAAAAAAGUAAACGACAAGAAAAAUCAAGAAGAUAAAAAAGCAGUUAUAACUAAGGCGAGUCUGCAACCCAAAACAGAACCAAAAAAUAUGGGGAGCUCUGUAGAUAACAAGAAUGGUGCGAAAACCGAGGAAAAACCUGUAUUGCAGAAUGACGGAAACCAAGCGAAAACAGAGGCAGUGUCGGAUGAUAUGUCAACAUCAUUACAAAAAACAACAGCAACAACCAACAAGGCUCAUGAAACUGUCACACAGCAGAAUUCACCACAAGCAAGUGACAACCAAACUAAUGCGAACACCACAGAUGAGUAUGCUGUUACUGUUUAUUUCCAUGCUAUUUUUUCUCCCACUAUACUGCAAAACCAUGAAAAAGACGAUGUGUUCGUAAGAGUAAAUGCCAAAGAUGUAAGAAUGAAUUAUAAACGGACAAUUAAUACACCAAAACCAGAACACGAAAGCUACCAGUACGAAGGUAUGACUGUCAUCAAAAAAAGUAAAACCACCCCUUGGACAGUUACGUACAACUAUUUUGUGAAAGUUGGUGGUAAAGAGGAAAUAGAAGAAUUCAUUUUCAAUCAGGGACAGAUAGACUUUACUGCAAGAACUAUCCCAUCUGAAAGAAUGGCACACAAAGACUUUCAUCACCAGUUUGACGGAGUUGUGAGAAGAAAAUUAGUUAAAGAGAAGGGUAUGCUAUCAUACGUUUCAGGUUUUUUUUGGAAAAGCAAUGAGGAAUAUCAAAAGUUGUUGAGAAAAGAUGUGAGUCUUUCCUUUGAGACUUUUUUACCAGAAUGGAAAACUGUUUGCAAUGGCGGAAUAAAUGGCAAACAGCUCAUAGAUAGAGUCAGAGAUGUUUACCAUUGUUUAAAGAUGAAUUAUUGGUCAAGAGAAAAACUGUGGCCUUCUUUUAUGGAUUAUGAUAAAUAUACAGAGCCAUGCCUUAAACAGUAUUUAGAAAGGGGAAUCGCAUUGCUAGUUGAAAAGAAACAAAGCGAAAAACAGAAUACAAGAUUAGAUACAGCUGGCAUCAAUGUUACUGCUGCAGUAACGAUUGUCUUCUUACAAGACUAUUAUAAAGUGGUUUUAAAUGUAUCAGUUAUAUCUAACCUUUGCACAGCAUUAUUACCGAACAUCAGUACUAAACAGACCUGUUCAAAUGAUUUGCAGGAAUUGAAGAAGAAUUUUUUAAGUUUAGAAGGGAAGUUGAAAGAGAGGCUUUUAAAUUUUGUCAAGUCUUUGUUGCGAGGAGAAAGGCCAUUUCGGUUAUGGUUGUACUGUUUACCUACAUUACAUUAUAUAGAAGGCCGAUAUCAACCCUUUCAGACAGCACCUGCGAGUACAAAUCACAGAGAUGAAAAGCCAGUAUGGUGGGGAAUUGACAGUUUCAAGUUGGAAUUGGAUACUUUCAAGAGACGACCUGCUGUACUAAGUGAUAAAGAGGUGCUAGGGUUGAUACCAUAUUUUGAGUUGGACUAUCUUCUGCCAAGGACACUUGUUGCCAGCAUGUCGUUUACAGAUUUCUUAAAUAUGAAAGAAAACUUAUGCAUUCCUGUUGAUGUUAUGCUUGCAGCAGUUGACUACUUCAUCCCAACAGAGGUCAAAAAUAAUUAUCUAACCGCUAGUCACAUGCAGAAUUUCAAGACACUAUUUUCCCUGGUUUCAGAAUCUGCAUGCAAGUCAUACUCCAACAAGCAUUUGUCUUUAGAUGAUGCAGAACGAUCUUACAAAAUAGGAACAGAUGUAGCGUACAGAGUUUUUGGUUUUCUACCUCAGUCAACAGACUUAAAACAUAGAACAAAGUUUUGGAUUGCCACAUCUGAAUGUUUUCUAGUUAUUGCUGAUUGGUUUUAUAAGCUGUUGUCGUCAACAAACACCAGAGAGCAAGACUUAGGAUUUGUUCCAUCACAAGCUCUGAAAAGUGUUUCAAACGCAGUGUGUCAUGAAUUAAAAGAAGCAAGAUUGGAUAAAUGGGGAACAGAAAAAUAUAUUCAGCUAUGGAAUGAUGCCUUCAAAAUCAGAAUCCCGGAGGGCGACGUUCGAACUGAUUAUAAGAAAUGCUUGCAAAGUAGUUUGAAGGAGUGUCUCAAGGAGUGGAAAACUGAAAAACAAACAACAGAGAUCAUAGACAUUUACUGCAAUGACGUAGAUACAUUUGAACCAGGAUUACAGGAAAUUUUAAGUAUGUGUGCGCUUGAGGCAGUAGAUAAAUGUGUCAACUAUCUAUCAACAAAUCAACAUUACUUGGAAGGCAGAAGCUUAAGACAUUAUGGAUCCCUUAUGUCGCAUGUCUUUGAAAGAAACAUAGAUGAAGAGAAACUGAAAAAGAACAAGAAAGCUUAUCUUGAGCAUGCUUUGAAAUGGCCACCUUUUUUGGUGUUUGCCAAAAUGUACAGGAAUGUGGAAUAUUCAAGUUCACUUCAAGAUACAUGUUUACGUCAUAUGAAGAUAUUCGUCAACACGUUGAAUGAGGCGUGCAAAGCACUGGUAGAUGGUAGCAUCACUAUAGAUUAUCUUGAUACUUUAUUAUCUGGAAAUGAUCGGUUCCAGUCAAUUGUACAAGAGUUACAUAGGAACGAAGCUGCCGUUAUUUUGACGACUUUACAGAUAAGAGACAAAGAGCUCUCUGCCUUUAGGGAAACCAUGAUUGUCGUAAAAGAUUUUGUCUAUGAAUGCAAAAAGGUUGAAGGUGAUGUUGACGACUUAGAAAGACGUCUUCGGCAAUUCACUAAUCUUAAUCAAGAUAAAUUUCAAGAUGACAGUGUAGUUCGGAUAAAGGAUGUCUGCAAAGUUCAGUUUCCAAAAUUCAAUGCUACAGAGACUGCAGGGAUAACAGACAAACAAUUUUCGUUUGAAGGCAUUCAAAGUGUUCAAACUUACAAACCUAUCAUAAUUGCAUUCAACUUAUCUGAAGAGGAGCUAAAUGCCAUACCAUUAGUUUUACAACAUACAAAGGCCUAUGCUUUCAAGCAAAUCUGGAUCAAAAACGGACGAAACACAAAAGUAUCGAAAGGACGUAAGCUGAAAGUCAAUGAAAUUCUGACAGAAGUUUGGCCGGAAACACGGGAACAAUGGACGUCUUUGUGUGAGAAGUUAAGAAAUGGCGACUUAUGUUUUGUUGAUUUUGAAGAAUAUUUUUACAGCGAGGAGUGUAAUAAUUCAGACAAAUUAGCAAAAGAGCUCGUUAGUUUUACCAGAGACAGCACAGACUGUGGUUGGAUAAAAUCACGUUUUGAUCAAUUUCACAAUUUUCAAACGGUUUACACAUGUUUGAAGGGCGCUAAUGCAAUUAUGAACAUUGUUGGAAAAUAUGGAUUGGAGGGCGAUUUCAGUCAUAUAACACAGAUAAUUAAGAUUACUAAAGGAGAUGAUGUGGAGAUGAAAAAGUUUGAUGUUAGUCUUGUGAAAACAUGCUCCAUUCUGAGGGGAAUUGACGAUAAAAAGGUUGACUGUCUUACAGUUUUUUGUAAAUGUCAACCGCUUGUUGAUUGGUUAAAGGAUUCAAUGACAACUGGUUUAAAAGAGCUGAAGGUGUUUGUAGAGCUCGCUAGCAUGUCAGCAGGUGAAACAGAUAUUGAAGUUGACAGAGUUCAGUUUCUCCAUGCAGCAACAACGGGAUAUGCACCACUUAUAUUCAAUUUGGAUCCUAAUUGUAAUGAUUUACAUUUCAUUGAAAUGUGCGAAAGCGUAUGGAAAGAACUCGAGACAGACCCAAAGCUUCCGCAAAAGCUGAGAGACACUCACCAACAACUUGACUGGCUAAAAUCGGUUAAACAAUCUCAUGGCUCAGUCGAAGUUAGCUCACUUUCACAGACAGAGGCCAUUAAUGCAAGUGGAACAUAUGAAGUUGGAAAUUCCAGGGAAAAUAUUUCUCUUCAAAAACCGGCGUUGAAAGAUGUAUUAGCAUUAAGUGUAAUACACGAAGGAAGCAGCGAAACAGAAGACACAGAUGAUAUAAAAGAAAUAUACUACAAGUAUGAACAGCUUCUUGAUCUUCAAUCAAGACUGAUGUUGGUAGCUGGAAAAGCAGAAAAGGGCAAAGAUGAAGUAGAUAGAUUUAUGCUGAUUUUAGAUUCAGUGGUGAGAUUGGGAAACAUCUACAUAAAACUAGUGACUGAUGGCUGUGUUCUAUUUAACUUUUGGCAUGCGACAUUCUUUUGCGACAUAGAAAGACCUGUUUGUGCUUUUUUGAACUUUGGAUAUGGAAAAGAUAUGCAUACCAUUAAAGGCAGAACAGAUAGCACGAAAGAGGAUGUCAGUUUCCUCAUUCCAAAAAUUGCCAAAGUCUUAGAGAAUUGUCAUAAAGAAUGGCUUCAAUAUAUUAAUAACAAACGAGAAGAAAACCCAUUGUUAAAUUAUUUCACUAUUGACCAGAUUGUAAUAUUGCAACAACAGUUAGUAAAAGUUGGUACCGACAAAGAACCAUCCCCCCUCAUUUAUCCUUUGCUUUCUGCUGUUAAGAAGAAUUGCUCCAGAGAGGAGUUAAUCAGUUCAAUGGCAACUGCAAAACAGGAUGUCACUUCUAUGGAAUCCAAAAGGGACGUUGAACAAGACAUUGAUAGUGAACCCGGCCGGAAUGAAGAAAUAGAUGAAAACAUUAAAAAAAUAAUGAAAGAUGGUUUUUCACUUUCCCUGGCAAAAGAGGCUUGGAAAGAGUCUGAUAACAUUGAAGAUGCAAUUGACUGGUGCUAUGAUCAUGACGAAAACUUUGUUGAAGAAGAAGAAAAAGAAGCAGCCUUUUCCGGUUGGACAGAUACAGAACAGUCAAUGGCAUCUUUGACAAGAAACCUUGUUUCUGAACUUGGCCUUGGGGAAGAAAAUGCCUUUAGAAAACUCAAAAGAGCCCUCAAGAAAUUAUGGAAGAACUUUCUUAGUUCUAUAUCGUCAAGCGUUUCUGACUAUCUAAGUGUUGAACACCUUGGACUGAUUUUAAAGAGACUAGCGGAAAAGGAAACCUUCCACGUUUGCAGAGAAUUGCCUUCAUAUUUCAAAAUAGGAGAACCAAACUUGCUGAUCUGCGAAGAAAGUGACAUGUAUAACACCGUUUUGACUAUAUACAGUCAACAGGAAAAGACACCACUACCACAGUCUGACGAAGUCUUGUUAUGUACACCGUAUACCACGCUUGAUAUGGUUGAAAUAUUUUGGAGAAGAACAUUAGAUCCUUGUAGUAAUAAGAUAUACUGUUUGGUAAACGCGGCCUGUCUGGAUUAUGAUAUUAGUGAUAAAGCCGAAAAGACUCUGCAGCGAUUACUGAAGGAUGCGGAAUUCAAAGAGUCAAAGUACAGAUUGAUUGUUUUAUGCAGUACUGAAAACGAGAAUCAGUCUGUCAUCGUGAGGGCACUGGCUAAGUUUCACAGAAAUCAAAUGCCACUGAACGUUGAUAAGAUUAAAAAAUAUUUGUCAUCAAAAUUGAAGAGCGAUUCACCAACUGAUACAACUUUACCAGCAUGUAAAGUAGAUUUUGACAGAAGCACAAUCAGAGUAGUGAAAUCGUGGAGAGCAGGUGUAGGCAAAACUCUAUUUAAAAAAAGAAUGACUGAGGAUCUUCAAAAGAUGAUUCUGUCGGAGUCAACAAGUCUUACAAUUCCUCUGCACGAAAAGAAACUAAAUACUGACGAGGUCAUGAAUGUUCUUCUGGACGUAACCCUUCCACCGGAAAUAAUUGUACCAAGAAUUUUCCAUUUUGACAUAUCUCACGAGGUACAAGAAGGUGUGGACGAUUUCCUUUUCGAUCUGAUUAUACUAGGAUGUUUACAUCAUAGUUCAGGAAAUGUUUGGAGAAAAGAUGCAAUAGAUUACUACAUAAUAGAAUCUAUGCCGCCACUAUCAAAGGGAACUGGUGCUCAGGAGGAUACAUUUACAUGUAUACACCAUUGUUUAGAGGUUUUACCAGACAUUUUAUGCAGAGCUCCUCAGGAAUCUUUAAAUAUUCUUACUAAAACGGCAAUACCAAAAGAUUAUUCCUCACGCGAUCGACUGUUUGAUCAGAUUGAAUUCCAAAGUACAUUGUUUCAACGACCUUACCAGUACUUGAAAAGACAUGACACAAACAGUAGAUUAACUGAUAUAAAUCCUAAGGUACCAGAAGGAGAUGCAGCUCAUUGCCUCACAACAUUGCUAAGUCAUUGUGGAGUAAAAGAUCCGUCAUGGUCAGAACUGCGACAUUUUGUUGGAUUCCUUGACAAACAACUGCGAGAUUUUGAAGUAUCAAACUUCUGUAGUGCUGCUGUAUUAGAAGAUUUGCCAGGAUUUCCCCAGUUUGUACUGAAGUUUCUCAUACAGAUGUCUAGAGAUUUUUCUACACGAUCAUUGAAUAUUAGUGAAGAAACACCACUUGAUUCCUUUAAGAGACAGAUGCUGGAAGAAGAUGUCACAGCUGAAGAUGAAAACUUUGUAGAAUUGUAUGCAAUGAGACGUACAUGGGAAACAAGUCCUCAUCCAUACCUGUUCUUCAACCCAGAUGGACAUAGCAUGACAUUCCUUGGAUUUAACAUAGAGGAAAAAACUGGCAAUUUGAUUGACCAUCAAACAAAACAAAUUUUGAAAACAAGAAUUAUGGCACGAAACCUUUUUGGUGCCUUAAAAAGAAAUCGUGUGAAUCUUGCUGAGAAUUUUGACAUUCUUCCAAGAUGCGACAAACUUGCAAAGUUAUGCGAUGUAAUGGGAGUUGCAACCCAACGUGACCCUGAUGAGUCAUAUGAACUUACAACUGACAAUGUUAAGAAAAUUCUGGCUAUCUACAUGAGAUUUAGAUGUGGAAUACCAGUAAUUAUAAUGGGCGAAACCGGAUGUGGAAAAACAAGACUAAUAAAAUUUAUGUGCGAUCUUCAAAAACCUCCCAAAAAAUUAUUGGAUGAUUUAGUAAAAUCGAAGGAGACAGAUGAUAUGGAGGAAAAAGAAAAGGCCCAAUUACAUGAACAAUAUAAAAUCAACAACAUGAUCUUAAUGAAGGUGCAUGGCGGGACGAAAGCAUCAGAUAUAAUCAGAAAAGUUAAAAAGGCAGAAGAAAUCGCGAAGAAGAAUGCAAAACUAAUAGAGGAAAACGCGGAACUUGCACCCUAUAAACAUAUGGAUACAGUACUGUUCUUUGAUGAGGCAAAUACGACAGAAGCAAUUGGAAUAAUUAAAGAAAUCACAUGCGACAAAUCCUUACUAGGAAGACCAAUAGAAUUACAUGAGAAAUUGAAAAUGGUUGCUGCGUGUAAUCCUUAUCGAAAACAUUCAGAAGAGCUUAUAAGAAGAUUGGAACAGGCAGGACUGGGUUACCAUGUUGAAGCAGACAAAACAAGCGACAAACUAGGUCGUGUACCAAUGAGGCGUCUUGUAUAUAGAGUUCAACCUCUUCCCCAGAGUAUGCUGCCAUUGGUAUGGGACUUCGGACAGUUGAAUAUAAAUGUAGAAGAAAUGUACAUUAAGCAAAUGGUUCUUAGAUAUAUCAAGAACGAUAAUAUUCCGAAUCUACCAAAUCUUGACAAAGUGGUCAGCAAAAUUUUGACAGUCUCACAAGAUUUUAUGAGAGGGCAGGAGGAUGAGUGUAGUUUUGUCAGUUUACGCGACGUUGAAAGAGUCCUGGAUGUAAUGAGUUGGUUCUAUGCAAAGAGUAUAGGAAAUGAUAUGCUUUUCGAACAGCUUGCAGAUGACAAUAAUGAUGAAAUAGAUGCAAUUGAUGAACCAAAGGUUAUUGACCAUACAACAAGAUCACUUGUUCUUGCUUUGGGUGUGUGUUAUCAUUCAUGUCUAAAGAAAAGAUUUGAAUACAGACACACAAUAGCUCCACACUUUCAAGAUCCACUGGAGUUAACAGGAGGAGCAAAUCAGAUUGACGAAGAAAUAUCUAGAUGCCAGUCUGUGUUGUUAAACAAUAUUGAAUUAGCCAACAAUAUAGCAAAAAACCAAGCACUAAAAGAAAAUGUGUUCAUGAUGGUAGUCUGUAUGGAGCUGAGAAUUCCAAUGUUUCUAGUAGGAAAACCAGGAAGCUCUAAGUCUUUGGCAAAAACAAUAGUAGCUGAUAACUUACAAGGAAAUGCAGCUCAUCAAGAUCUUUUCAGGAAUUAUAAACAGGUACAAAUGGUAUCAUUUCAAUGCAGCCCAUUGUCAACUCCAGAAGGCAUAGUGGGAACUUUCGCCCAAUGUGCUUCAUACCAGAAAGAGAAAGAUCUCAAUAGAUUUGUCUCCGUUGUUGUCUUAGAUGAAAUUGGAUUAGCUGAAGACUCCCCUAGAAUGCCAUUAAAGACACUACAUCCAUUACUAGAAGAUGGUUGUCCUGAUGACGAAGAACCUGCUCCGUUUAAAAAAGUUGCAUUUAUCGGAAUUUCUAACUGGGCUUUAGACCCUGCAAAAAUGAACAGAGGAAUUCUAGUACGAAGGGAAGUGCCAAAUGAAGAAGAACUUAUAAACAGUGCUGAGGGCAUUUGUUCGUCUGACAAGAUAGUUCAGUCUCACAUAGAACCAAUGAUACCUGCUAUGGCAUCUGCUUAUCUACGUGUUUUUAAAAAAGCUUCAGAAGAAAAAAGGGAAUUUUUUGGAUUGCGGGAUUUCUACAGUUUGAUUAAAAUGCUAUAUGGUUUUAUCUGGAUAUCAAAGGAAAAACCAACAUGGUUUCAACUGAAGCAUUCCAUUCUUAGAAAUUUUGGAGGUCUAGAAAUGAUAGAUCCGGUUUCUAUUUUUCUAGAAUUGUUGUCAUCACAGGUCGACGAAUACGAAGAGAAAAGACCAACCGAUCCAGAUUGUUCUGCAGAUGGAAUGAUACAGGCCUGCCUACGAGGAGAUGAUAUUUCUGUUAGCGAAAGCAGAUAUCUACUUUUACUAACAGAAAAUUAUGGAGCAUUGGCAAUUUUGCAACAAAAUCUAUUCACCAUGCAGAAUGCGGUUGUUAUAUUUGGCAGUAGUUUCCCUAGUGAUCAAGAAUAUACACAAGUUUGCAGAAAUAUCAAUCGAAUAAAGGUGUGCAUGGAAACAGGCUGUACAGUGAUUUUGUUGAAUCUCGAAAACCUAUAUGAAAGUUUAUAUGAUGCUUUAAAUCAGUAUUAUGUUGAAUUCGGAGGAGAACGAUAUGUAGAUCUUGGUCUUGGGUCGCACAGAGUAAAAUGUCGGGUACAUCGAAAGUUCAGGUUGAUUGUUGUAGCGGAGAAACAAGUAGUGUAUAAAAAGUUUCCUAUACCACUGAUAAAUCGCUUGGAGAAACAUUUUCUGUCUAUGAAGACACUUUUGUCUUCCAGUCAGCUGAGAAUGAGUAAAGAGCUACAGGAAUGGGCAUUGAAAUUUUGCGAAAACAAAACAAGUUUCCAUGGUAAGAAAAAGGUGAGAGAGAUUGGAGAAGCAUUUUUAGGAUACCAUGAGGACACAUGUCCAGCAGUUAUACAACAUGUUUGCCAAGAGAAAUCUACAAAAGAAGGUGAAAGUGAUUACGAUGAAAAUAAGAUACUUCAAGAUGCAAAAGGAUUAUUACUAUGGUGUGCAACUCCAGCUGCUGUUCUUCAAGGAGGAGACGAUAUAGACAUUGACACAUAUUUUCAUCAGCAGGAGCAUGAAAGUUUGGCCGAUUACAUAUCUUUCAAAAUGAGAUCUGAUCAACAUCCAACUGUAUUUGCUCAGAUUACAACUAAUUCAAGGAUCCUUUCGACUCUUGAAUUGGACGAUCUGGCUAAAGAAGUACCAGUUGCGAGAAAAAAUAUUCACUUGCUUACAUUACAAUCGUUCCACACAGAGCAGCAAUUUAGCAGGCAAAUCAAAUCAUGUUUUGGUAAAAAGAUUCCAGAUUCUAUACUGAUAGUACAAAGCGAAAGUGGGGAUCAGAAUGAGGAGUUAAUUGCUUGUGCGCGCUAUUCAGCACAGCGAGAACUACAGGAAAUACUUCAGAAAGGAGUGAAAUCCAAAAUAUAUGUUAUUUUUCUGGUGCAACUCACUGGUCUGGCAGGAAAUUAUUUUUCAGGAUACCAGUGUGGGUUGUGGCAAUCUGUUCAUAUUGAUGAUCUCCGCAUUUCGUUUAUCAUACCACCGAUCAUUGACAUGCUAGGUAAAUCAGCUGCUACUGUUAUCACUGCUGCAGAAACAAACAACUCCAGAAGUACUGCGCAAGUAAAACUUGAAAAAGAAGUCUUUGAUAGAGAUGGAGAAAAACUACAGCCAGAUGAAAACAAUGAGGAAAUGACACAAACUGACAGCACCAGGACAAUUGAUCAAACACCCGAAGAGACUUUACAUACAAAGGGGAGAGGCCAAGGGAACGAAGAGAAAGAAAACCGGGAUCAAGUUAUUGCAUCAAUUACAACUGAUCAACGACGUAAAUUCGAUACUAAUAGUUUAAUCCUUAAUUGUGUGCAGCGUGCACUUUCAGCCUUAAAAGACCCUGAAGAAGAUGCAUCGAGGACAACACAGAGAUUAAAAAUUGUACUUAAUCUCUUAGAAAAUGAUGGAGGAACAGUACUUUCUGGCAUUUGUAAGCAUGUAGUGAAAUUGAUAAAUGAAAAAGAGAAACAGUUUGGAUCUUUGUCAAAUUGGUUAUCGGCGGAGGUAUCGAAAUCAGAGAACAUAAAUAAAGCUGGAACUUUCAGAAAAAGUAUUAUUAUGUGUUUGGAAUCUCGCAUUAUUCCAAUACUAGCAGGAUUAUUUGCUUUCAUGGACUCAAACAGGAACUUAGACAUACUUACAGAAAAUGAAAGCAACCACUGGAAUGUAAGCAUCUGGUUAGAUAUUCUGAAUGAUCCUGAAAUAACUCAGAUAAAAUAUCAGAAUAUGGUUUCACCGACAAAACAUCUAGAGCUACAUGAAGUUGCAGUCAAACCAACUUCAGUUGAAGGAAAAGUGUUCUCAGCUAAAAUGUCCUUUUCAUGGCUGAUUAUUGAUCAAGUCCAGAAAAUUUUGAAAACCACAAUUGAAUCAGAAGACACGACAGAAAACAAUACGUUGGACAUUAUAAUGAAAGCUGCUGAGAUUUUUCAGUCACUGUCGAUAGGUUGUCUGCUACAUGAAAUAGAUGGACCAUUUACCAAGACUGCCUUGAAAUUUUACAUUGAAGAUUUUGUUCACACUGUGUAUCCUUUCAAGACUGAAAAUGAAUGCAGGUUGGUAUGUGAGAAUGUAGCUAUAGGCGCUCAAAAAUUAUUGAAAGGAGAAUAUGGGAACCUGUUACCAACUAUGUUUGCAUGCCAUAUGGUUUAUGAGACAUUUUCAACCAGAUUUAAGAAUUUUUCACAUAUCAUGACUGUCUGGCCAAGCUGUUGUGAAAAAAUCAUUGAUGUUCAACAAACUGGUAAAAGCAAUCUGAUGACAAUUGAAGAAAUAACGCUUGACAUUCAAGCUUUAACACAGCUGAUGGACGAAGUAAAGCCUUCAAGAGAAAUUCUUAGCAAAAAGGAUUCACGAAAACUCUGGCUCAGAAAAGUAUGCGAAUAUAGGCCAGUCAUUGAAAGAGUUGUAGCAGAUUUCUGUAAGCAACAUUCUUUUGAUGGAAAUGUUGGUCAACAUCAAUGUAGAGAAGCAAUUAAAAACGCUAGGUGUGAAUGGAUAAGAACACUUGUUGUAAAGUUGUUUAUUGAAAAUGUAUGUACACAGGGCAUUGGAGCAGAAAUUGUGCCAUCUAUGAAAUUAUGGAGUAAACUUGGUGAAGAUGCAGACAUGAAAGAACUCAUCUCACUAGAAAAAGUUGAGAGUCAUCUGAAAAAACAAAAUGCAGAAGUUCUAAAGAAAUGCUUUGGUGUGCUGUCUAAAUGUAUUAACUGUGAAGCGGAAAUUCAGAGUGCCCCAGUUAAACUUUCAUGUAAUCAUGUUGUAUGCAAGAAGUGCUACAAACAAAUAAUUGAAAAGAAAAGGCAAUGUACACAUUGUAAGGAAAAAUUACCAGACAACUUUAAUCAAGAAGAAUUUGUUAAAAGGAGUGACGUAGAAAAGUACGAAGAUUUUAGGGAAAGAUGUAAUGGUUUCUUCAUGGAAAUUGUUUCACAACUAUGUUUUGCCGAGGGAACACUUCCAUCUCAAGGAGUCAUUGACAAGCUUCUGUCCUAUAUUGUUGGAAAAGACAAAAGUGACCGAGGAGAAACUAUUGUUUCAAGACAACUGACAGUAUUUCAAGAUGCUAUUGAUCCAAACCCUGUGGUCAGAUCCUUUUUACUGCAGGAGAUUAUGCAAACAAGUGGCAGCGACAUUAAAUCAUAUCUGUCAAAGUACUUUGACGACAAUACCCAGCUUCUUCAAACAAGUGUUGGUAGUACGGAAUCAAUUGAAUUAUGUUUGCUGAUAUUGCAAUGCAUGGAGGAUUCAAUUCAGCAACAAAAUCAAAAGUUUAACAACAGUAAACUUGAAUUAGUACACAUAGAAAAGAUGCUGAGUGAAUCUGUAGAAGGGUUUUAUAGCAACGUACAUAUUCUGGAAAAAAUUGAGUGUAUUGCGAAAGCAAAGUACAGUUUGUCAGUUACAGCAAGAUACAUACACGAUCUAUAUGGCAAAACACAAGACACAGUUCAACUUGAUGCUGAGUUACGUCAACUAUUUGAAGCAGCUGGACAUCUAUGUGAAAAUUCUGGAUCCCAAUGGCCAAGAAAAUAUUUCGUGAGAGUAUUGUGUCGGAGUUAUGGAACAGAUGUGUAUCAAGCAGUCCUAGCAAAAAGUGAUAGGGAGUAUUUGAGAUGGGUAAUAUUACCAGAUCUCAAUGUUAUGGAGUGUUAUGACAGAUAUAUUGUCAACGAAGAUUACACGGAUAUUAGGCUAGCAGUAGCUGACUCAGUAAUUAAUCAGAAAGAUACACAAUUGACAGAGGUUUUUCAUACAAAAGUAUGUAUGGAAUGGCAGUGUAACAUUAAUCUUCUACUGGCCCUUCACAGGGAAAUCACAAUGAACAAUCUGCAUGAUGAGAAAUGCAAAAUGGAAACAGAUAAAACAAAUGAAGAACAGGAAAAUGAGUUCAUUACUGACUAUCUGCAGACACGUUCGUUUUUACCAAGAGAGAAAGAAGUAUCAUUGUCUAUUUUGAAAAACGAUGUUUGGCAGCCAGAAACCGCCAGAAAUAUUCACCUUAAUAUGGACAUUGCACAACAAAAUCUUACCUGCUUACUUACUCAUUAUAUGGUUAUGAUGACCUUUAUUCCAGGAAGUACAACGUUAUUGAUGCCUUUAAAAAAUAUAGCAUUAAAUAUCGGUUGUAUGAAGGAUUCCUACUACCCAUCUAUGCCGGAUGAUGUAAUUGCAUUCUUUACAAGAGUCAUGCGAGAUCAUAAUAAGGAACAUAGCGUGAAAUCACAGUGGGGAGAUGAAGACGUCCCGACAAUAUACAAAUGCCCACAAGGUCACCCUUAUACCAUUGGGGACUGUGGAAAGGCUUAUUUUGAAUAUACGUGUUUUUGUGGAGAAAAGAUCGGAGGAAAAAGCCACAUUUUACUGACAACAAACAAACAGGCAUCAAGCGAGGCUGCCGCAAAAGGACACAUUCUUGGUAGAGCUAACAGUCUGAAAGCAACAGAUAUUGUUACACCUAGAAACAAUCUGAGCAGAGGUUCAUUUGCAAUUAUUCGACUGUUGACACACAUGUCAAUGUUCAUUGCAGCAAACUCUAACGUCCAGGCAGUACAGCAGAUUAUUAAAACAGAGCCAGAUAUACAGGAAACGGAAGUGUUUCAGUUCUUAUUGGAACAUAUUAAUUUAGAUAUUGAGUCACUUCAUCAAAUCUUAGGAAAAGGAAAAGAUGACAUUUUUCUUAUGAUACAUUUUAUACUCAACGAUAUUGUAAUGAUGCAUACAUCAGCUGCGAUAGGAGAAAAUAAUCCUGACGAAUUGUGCAAAUUGAGCACCGAAAAAAGCCGAUGUGAAUGGGAGGAUUUAUUUGACCAGAAAUUCAUUUUUCCUGUGUUGCAGAAUAUUGAGAACGUCCUGCAGAAGUGCAACGAUAAGAUUGCUGGUGACAAGAGGAUGGGAGCUCUUCCAUUGGUUUUGUUACUGCAUGAAAAAGAUGACCAAACAAACAUUGAUGAUAACAAAAAUCUCCAAGAAAUCCCUGAAGUUUGGAGAUUCAGAUCUUGGAUAUCAAUUGACCAUUUGACCCAGAUGUUAAAUACUAAAGAAAAGACGUGUCCACUACUGCAUCUGUUCUUGAUGGAGGAUCAUCAUCUGAGAGUUCUGCGAUUUAUACCAAAUAUUAUCAGACUUCAGAAAAUGUUGAUGCAAAAAUACAGCCGAAAACUUGAUAGAGCCGAAGGAACACUGAUAACAAUAGAGAUUGUAGAACAACAACUGGAACAAGAUGGUAAACUAGAGGAGUUCAAAACCCUUUUGCAAAGCUAUACUGAAGCAUGGGAAGCUGUCAGGCAAUCACUUGAGACAUACACAUGCCGGAUUAGCACUGGAAGAAUAAGAGUCAAUAAAGCCCAUUGCAGAAAGAGGAUAGAUGGUAAAACACCUGUAUCAUACCUUUUACCAACCUACAGAGAUUCCGGAUUAUGUGGUUUUAUACUGCUUUGGUUCCUAUUAGAAAAGCAAAAUACAUUCCUGGGCGAUUUUUGCAGAGAAAAAGGAGUGUUAUACACCAGUUUACCACGGGUUAGUGUAAAAGAUAUAUCAGCAGCGCAUUUAAUCAGUUAUCAUCCAGACAAGGACUUAUUACCAAUGGUAUUAGCAAACUGCAAUUACUCAUUUGAAGUGGGUCAGGGAACAAAAGUCGAAUAUAAUUUUAACAACCUUGAAAGACAAGUAAUGGAUAGAUUUUUGUUCUCCAAAUCAGUAAUAAUCAACUUGAAUGAGAUAGAGAUGUUUACUUACAGAGCUGAAUAUACUAAUGGUGUCGUACUGGAAUCAUUAUCCGAACGAAUAGAUCAAAUAAGAAUUCCCCAAGCAACAAAAGUUCAAAUAUGUUCAGAACUCAGAAAAAUGUCUUAUCCCGAUCUUUGUGAAAGCUUGGAUAAGCUUGACAUUGCCAUCAGUUUUCUGAAAUCGGUAGGACCCGAGAAACCAGACCACUUAUUGAGUGAUUUCAUGACAAAGACUUUGAAGACAGAGAGGCCUUUUCCGAGCCAGAAGGCACAACAAUCGAUUACAUGCAGUCAGACGAUGUCUUGGUGGAUGAAUCUUGCAUUAGAAAGAGCGAAAGCUUUACUUAGAUACAAGCAGGAACCAUUUGAAGGAUUAGCUGAUAAAUUCAAUGUACUCCUAACUGAUGAACAGCAAACAAUUGUAGAUGAAUUAUUCAGUACUUUGCCAAUCGAACCAACGGCAAACUUUAUAGAACUGAUGUUUGAGUUCAUUAUUUUGAGGAUAGACAUUCCAGAGGACCAAGAAAGUGAAGACUAUAUUGACAUUUCCAACUCCAGCUUGCGUGACUACUUAAUGGGAUUCCCUGAUUCGCUACCAUAUCAGGACGAUGUAUUGGUUGACAGUAAUAUUGAAGCAGUCCUUGAAAGAAUGCCAGCAGAGGACAACAACAUUACAGUUGGACAUACAGUAGAUUUCUGGAAAUUUGUUAAUACAAUAUUAGCUAACAAACAACAACAAAGAGUGUAAUCUGCGAUUGUUCAAAUCGAGAGGAAAAACUGAUUGUGAAAAUUAUCAAUAUACUUAUAUUUUAGUGUUAAACAAGAUGUAGAUAUACACAAUUAUUUAUUAAAGCAGACAUUUCUUAUCUGUUUAAAAUAAAUAUAAAAAUAUAUGACACUUGUGAUUGAUUAGUAAUUGUAUAAGCCACAUAUAUUGAUUAGUUUUAACUUAGAUAUAAUAUUGGUUGAUUUGGUAUACCAAUAUGUAAAUUUUUGUAUGUUUGCUUUUUUCAAUUUAUAGAGUAACAAAGAUGUGUUUUUAUUUAUACGUUUUUCUUUUUCUUUGCAUAUAUACAUGUAUUUUUGUUGCUGUAUAAUCAAAUAUCCGGUUACAUAUAUUUUUUUAUAGAAUGAUACACGAAUUAAGAUUUUAUUUCGAUAUUGUGAUAUUUGAAUUGUCGCGAAUGUUCAAUAGUAAUAAUCUCUUAUGUUGACUGACUACUAAUUACGAUAUAACAUACAAUUGUUUUUAAAAUUUCAAUACAUAUGAGACAGUACAAAAUUAAAUUGGCUUUUCACUUACACAUAUAGUAUUUUUUAUGGCUGUCAGCAACAUAACAAAUGAAUAUGGAAAUGUAUAAAUUAACAUUUUGUUUUCACAAAAUGGAUAUUUUUUAUCAAUAAAAGAUAUAUAAAACAGAUCCAAAUUAUCCUAGUCCUGUUUGAAGAGGAACGGUAUGCAUUUCUAUUUAAUAACAAGAGAUGUACUGUUUGCAACCUAAAACAUAUGGUGUGUUCGAUUAUUAACUAUUCUUUUUUAACAGAAAUUACUAAUAGGUAUUUUAUAUCGAUUUUAUGCAAUUUUCAAACUAUUUAAUUGGAGCUUGUCUGAUAAGAACGAUAUUUUCAAUAUAAAUGAAAAGAGUAAAAUAUUGCAUACCAAAUUUGACUGAUAAAUCCUAAAACAGAUACUGAUGAUGGUUGCCUGAAACAUUGUUGUGCAAUGUUGUAUUUUUGUUUUAGAUCAUUUCAUAUUAAUAUUAUUCUAUAUAUAACAUAUUUAUUCAAGAAUCUAAAUACUAGACAAUAUGAAAUUAUAUGUAUUCCACAAUUAAUCUAUUUUGAUAAGUAUUCUGAUAUACAGUUCACUAUUCAUCAAUACAGGUUGGAAUAGUUGUAUUUUGGCUUUUGAAUAGUGAAAAGAUUUAAUAUAUUAUCCUUAAAUUGAUAACCGGAACGUAUCAAUAUAUUGAAAUAAAAAUAAUAAAAUUAUGAUAUUUGCUUUUAUAUAGUUACACAUUAGAUAGAUUAAAAAAAAAGUAUUCUUUCUUUUAUAUAAUUAGAACUUUUUAUCAAUUUCCAUGUGUUUUAAGUGUGUGCAGUUAUGUUUGAUUUUAACAUUUUAUCAGUAAAUAAACCUAUAUAUUGCUUU